AUGAGGUUGGGAGGAGAACAUUUGAAAAGAAAUGUGACCCCAUUGUUAAGGUUUGGUGGUCAAACGGUAUACUUAGAAGGUGGCAUAGAACUUUCAGUCACCUUUGGCGGAGGUAUAGCCUAUAUGACAGCUAUGGUGGAGUUCUUGGUGGUAGACGACAUAUCAAUCUACAAUGUCAUCUUAGGAAGAACAUCCCUACAUCAAGUGAAAGUUGUCCCGUUCACCUAUCAUCAAUUGUUGAAAUUCCUAGCCCUGGGUGGAGUUGGAAUUAUGAGAGGGGAACAAUUGAAGUCACGAAAAUGCUAUAAGAUUGCCAUGAGAAAUCCACAAGGCAAAGUAGAGGUGGUACACGUCAUUAGCAAUCUUGCUAGAAAAGAAAAUGAGAAAGUUUGUCACGCCAUAGAAGAGUCUGAUGUCAAGGCUCAAAUCUCAAUUCCCUUGUGGUAUCGUCCCCGCGGCGUUCGUGUUCAUGCGGUUGGUCGUGCUGCUGUAGUUGACACUACUUUGGAUGUUGUUUUCGUCUGGAAAGCUAAUGGAAAAUGGAGAAUAUGCAUUGAUUUCACCGAUCUCAACAAAGCCUGCUUGAAGGAUAGUUUCCCACUUCCGAGAAUAGAUAAACUCGUCAAGGCUACUGUCGACCACGAGCUAUUGAGCUUCAUGGAUGAUUACUCAAGUGAUGCCGUUUGGGCUCAAGAAAGCAUGAGCCACAUACCUACUGAAUAA